GGAUUCAUUCAUACUAAGAAACUCUUGCAGAGGCCAAAGCACAAGAGUCCUAUAAUGCAGUACAUCCACCUCUCAUUCUGGGGGAUCUUUUGGAUGCUGCUACCAGUAAGCCAAGGGCGAGCUAUAAAGGCUGAUCGAGUCAAAAAUGAUGCAAAGCUGCUGGCAAGCACCUUGAUAACCAGGAUACAAGAGCAUCCAAUCCAGUUCCUUUUCCCCAGCAAUCUAAAAAUCAGUGGUUUGGAUUUUAUCCCAGAUGAGCAGUUACUAGAAAGCCUGGAACACAUGGAUGAAACUCUUGAAGUUUUCCAAAAAAUUCUCUCCAGUCUCCCAAUGGAAAAUGUUGAUCAGAUGUUGAGUGACAUGGAGAACCUCCGCAGUCUCUUACAAUCCCUGAGCACCAUUAUGGGAUGCACAGCCAGAAAACACAGCCAAUGUGACACUCAAGUGAACCUGACAGAGGAGUAUGCCAAAGCCCCAUACACUACAGAAAAAGUAGCACUGGAUCGCCUCCAAAAAUCCCUACAUAGUAUUGUCAAGCACUUGGACCACAUUACUGACUGCUAAAUUAGACCCUACUAAUGGCAAAAUAACUCUAUUUCUUGCUUCUCUCAAAAAACACCUUUGUCAUUUAGAUGAGGAACUACUGCAAACCAUACUAAUUUGCAAGAAUAUGGAGGCAAUGUUUAUCUGGACCUAUUUUCCUCUUCCAUAUCUGUAUCAAUAAAAACAUGCCCAAAGGCAAAGACAUUUGCAGUAGACACAAUUAUAACAAUAACUACAAGGAUUCCAUUCCAGUUUGCUUCAUAUGGACUUCCACAUUUCAUAUACUAACUGUACACUACCGAUUAUUCUGAAUAUUUUAGAUGCCUGUGUGGACAUGAAACAUAUAGUAAAGUUAAUUGCACUAGUCAGUGCACAGUAAAUAAUGAAACCCUAAGGUUUAUGAAUAAUAGAAAGGUUUUGCCGUGGCAAUGAGACCUUGGCUGCGUUGUUAGUUUGUAAGAGAAUAUGACAUAUUUUAAAGAUUUUUUUAUGCUUAAUUAUUUUCCUAAACUUGAAUAUUUCAUUUAAAAUGGGCAG